UGUCUUCUCUACCUGAUUUAUCUCGCUCUCUUCCUCUCUCCCAUUUCUCUCUCUACCUCUCUCUCAUCAACCCGAGCCCAGCCCUAGUCGGGACAUCGGUAUAUAAUCCCAAAUCCUUAUUUUUGUUUCUUCGAUUGGAGCAAAAAGAUAGCAGGAUUGGGAAUCAGAUGGAUGGAAGUGUUCUCAGAGUUCCUGAAGGAAUCAGGGCAAUGGAAGCAAUCGCAGCGGACAAGGUUCCUGAAAAAAUACACCCGAAAAAAGAAAAAUUAGAUGUACUGCAGCAAUGCCGGCGGACCACUGCCAUAACGUUACGGAAGAUAUCAGACCCAAGAAAAGAAUGAGAAUUAGAUUUACAUGUAGGCAAGCAAUGCCGACGGACAACAGCGUUAAUAUUCCUGAAGAAAUCAUUCACGACAUCCUGCUGUUGUUGCCCAUCAAAUAUCUACUCAAAUGCACCGCAGUGUGCAAGUCAUGGAGGUCUCUAAUCCAAAGCUCUGCCUUCAUCCAUACACACCUCAACCAAAAUGACGACGCUCAUCUCUUGCUGCUACAGUUUUCCAACAGGGAAGAGAGAAAAAGAUUUUACUCGUUGCAUUGGGAUCGAUGCCCUUCAUUCAGUGAGUACUCCAAGCUUACAGAUCCAUUCGUAGCUUACAAUGAAAUUAGUGGACGUCAAGAAGACAAUAAUCAAACAACACAAAUGGGUAACAGAAACUGCAAGGUCAAGGUGUUAGGGACUUGUAACGGGCUGGUAUGCCUCCAGGAAGGUGACAUUGCGACAUUAAUUUGGAACCCCAGUAUUAGAAAGUUUGUUGUUUUGCCUCCCCCUGGUGUUACUUUCAUGGGGUCUGAAAGCCACGCAUUUGGCUAUGAUCCGCUUACCAAUGACUAUAAGGUUUUCAGAAGUGUUAGUUAUUAUAAGCCUUCCCGCUUGUCCCGUGCAGUUGAGAUUUUUUCCUUAGCCAGGGGCUGCUGGAAGAGGCUUCGUAAUGCUGUUGUUCCUGCAAACUUCUCGCCUGGAAACUUUACUAGUAAUGAUAAACCCGAUGCUCUUGUUAACGGUGCUCUGCAUUGGAUUCAGACAGAGGGGGACGACAAGUUCAUUGUGUCCUUUGAUUUGUCCACUGAAUUAUUUGGCAAGAUCCUGAUGCCCAAAUCAGCUUUGAGAAGGAGGACUAAGAGGUGGACACGCGAAGCUCCCGUGGUAAAAAAUGUUUGCUAUGCUUCAGGAUACGGGGACUGCCUUUGCCUUUUUUGAGAAACAUCAAAAUACGAAGUUUCCUGGUGAUGUUCAUUUGUACUUGUGGGUGAUGAAAGACUAUGGUGUUGCAGAAUCCUGGUCUAAAUUAUUCACUAUAUCUACACAACAAAAUGUGCUCAGGCCACUUGGUUUCAGAAAGAGUGGCCAAGUGGUGCUUGCGUAUUCUUCGGAUGACAAGCGUUAUGAAUUGGUAGACCCUAACAGCAAACAAUGUGAUGAUUUUCGAAUUGAUGGGUACUGCCCCAGGACAAGCCUCUACUGCUUCAUGGAUUAUUUUGUUGAGAGCAUUGUCUUACUCGAUCGACCCGAUGCUAUCUCAUACUAGAUAGGUUGGAUAUUGGUUCGAAUUAGCAUUAUCCUGGCUUCAUUCCUUCUUACUGUUCUGUUUCUUUGGAUUAAUUAUCU